CAAGACUACUCCUGAAAUUGCUAAAAUGAAAUCUGUGCCUUAUUCCAAUGCUAUUGGGUCCGUGAUGUACCUCAUGGUGAGUACUAGACCCGACAUUGCCUAUGCUGUUAGUUGUUUGAGUAGGUAUAUGUCUAAUCCUGGUUUACCUCAUUGGAAUGCUCUUAAGUGGUUGCUUAGGUACUUGAAAUCUACUGUUAAUCAUGGGUUGGUUUUCACUAGGUGUUCUAAGGGUGUUAAGUUGAGUGGGUAUGUGGACUCGAAUUUUGCUAACGAUAGAGACAAUAGGAAAUCCACUACCUCUUAUGUGUUUACCCUUUGCGGGUCUUGCAUUAGUUGGAAGUCUCAACUUCAAGCCAUAGUUUCCCUUUCCACUACUGAGUCCGAGUAUGUGGCCGCUACCGAAGCAUUUAAGGAAGCCAUUUGGCUUAAGCGUCUCCUAAUGGAGAUUGGUAGUCUUAAUCAGGACAUCUGUGUGUUUUCUGAUAGUCAAUCUGCUAUUCAACUGUGCAAAAAUCUUGUUUUUCAUGAUAGAACUAAGCAUAUUGAUGUUAGAUUUCAUUUUAUACGUGAUAUUGUUAGUGCAGGUGAUAUCAAGUUGAUUAAAAUUCCGUCUGAAUUUAAUCCUGCUGACAUAGGGACUAAAUGUCUCUCUGUCGAAAAGUUGCUGUCGUGCAAACGCACGUUAAACAUUGAUUGUGGAUAAGUUGCCUGGUGAUCUUACCCCUUUUGCGUGAAUGUGUCUUUGUGAUCAUUCGGGCAAUCCAGCGAUGAUGAGUCUCAUGUUUGUGUUAGAGUUUUUACUCUAAGCCACUAUGGUCCAAUAAGGUGGAGAAUGUGUUAGGUAUUGGCCCAACUAUUUCCGUAAGCCCAUUUAUUCUUUGGUUGUACCCGGCCCAGGGUUGGACUUAUCGAUUUUAUUUUCUCCUUGUUCUCCCUGCGCAUAUCCUCCCUUGUUCUUCUUUCCUUGUUGAAGCCGCUGCAUAUCUUUGAUAAGGUAAGUUACCUUACCUGAGUUUUUGACCUUGGCUUAUAAAUAAUUCUCCUUUCUCCGUUUUGGGUAGAGCGCCGAAACCUAAUCCCCCAAAAUCAGUCCGAGCUUUUCUUUUGGGUUCAUCGGAGAUAUUUGGCCGGAAAUAGCCUGCUGGCUGACGCCCCUCUCCCUUUUGUGAUCAUAGUGGUGUUAUUCAUCCUUUGUGGAUGAAAUUAGAGACCUGAGCUGGAAGAUUCAGAACUUACAUAGAGGAUUUAUACCCCGGAGGCAGCGUCAUAUACACCUCUUCAUUAAGAUCACCAUGAAGGAAGGCGUUAUGAACGUCCAUUUGAUGGAGUUCCCAAUUCUUACACGCCGCAAUAGCAAGAAAGGCUCGCACAGUGACCAUCUUAGCUACCAGGGAAAACGUUUCAUCAUAAUCAAGCCCAACAACUUGGCGGUUCCCGAAAAUAACUAAGCGGACUUUGAGACGUUCCACGGUGCCGUCGGACUGAUAUUUAAUUUUGUACACCCAACGACACCCUAAAGCGCGCUUUCCGGGAGGGAGAGAGACAAGAGACCAAGUGCCAUUUCGUUCAAGAGCUUGAAUUUCUGAGUUCAUGGCCUGACGCCACUCCGGGCUAGAGAUAGCUUCCUUAAAAGAUUGAGGUUCGGUGCGUGAGGAAAUUGCUGCAAGAAAGACCCGAUGUGGUGCAGAAAAAGUAUCACAACUAACAUAAUGUGAUAUAGGAAAACGAGUACCUGAAGAAGCAGGAGAGGAUGGAGAGGGAGAAAUGAGACUAUUUUUAAUCACUGUGUGAGUCACAUAAUCCUGCAAUCGAACUGACGGCUGUUUAACUCUUUGUCCUCGACCCAAAAUAAGAGUUGUGUCGUGCUCAUUUGUUGUAGAAGGACUGGGCGACCCAAAAACACUUUCCGCCAUUGCACUCUGCAAGAACCUUUGUUUUUCCUGCGCAUCCGUUAUGUUAGAUUGCUCUCCGCCGAUCUGCAAUCGCGGUCACCACCACAUAUGAUGCCCUAACGGAUCAAGUAAACCAAUAAACAAGCAGUCCCAGGUUCCCAACGAUAAAACCAGCUGUUUAGCUAGAGUCGUCUAUCGAGUAUAAACCAGAGGAGGCUUCCAGGUAUUUUUUGGAUUUUACUCCAAUUCACAAAGAUCUGCUAAAUCUCAA